ACUCGACUUGAUGGUCAACGUGCAAGACAAGCAGCUUCAAGAGCAGCUGAACAUUCUGAAGACACACGCACUCGACUUGAUGGUCAACGUGCAAGACAAGCAGCUUCAAGGGCAGCUGAGAAUCCGAUACAGAGACGGACUCGAAGUGAAGAUCAGCGUAGACGACAAGCAGCCUCAAGGGCAGCGCAAUGGACAUUUAUGGAAGGGGAAGCAUUUCGGUAUGGUCCAGCCAACAACUAUGACAGCCAUCCUCAACUUUAUAUUGGACAAAUGAGCGAUGUUUGUCCAUACUGUAAUGCCCUCAAGUGGCAUGCAGAAACACGAGGUAUGUGCUGUUCUGGUGAUUUUCCGAUUCACGAACGAUAUCCAACUGUUGUUCAUUUGGCUGUUCAUUUGGAAAAUGGUCAACGUAUUUAUUUCACCGAAGAUAAUGUUCAUGAGAAAGUUAAUGAACCACCAAGAACAACACUAACAGCAUUUUUCUUACUCUGCCAGAAAGACGACUUUGCCAAAACGCUGUUGUACUGUGAUGUUCCAAAAUACUACACAUGGAACGCGUCUGAAAAAGUGUUUAAGCGGCGCGUUCAAGGAACUGCUGUGCUUGGUCAUCCAGACAUUAGAGAAGGAGAUGCAUUAGGUCGUGUUUACACUGUGCAUCCUAAUAAUUUCGAAUGCUUCUUCCUACGACUCUUACUUCAUGUGGUCAGAGGCCCUACUUCAUUUGAAGCUCUUCGAACUGUAAACGGUCAGAUCUGUGCAACAUUUCGUGAAGCAUGUCAAUUACAGGGAUUACUGGAAGAUGAUCAGCAAUGGGAUGCCACUAUGUCCGAAGCAGCUGCAGCUCAAUCACCAGCAAGAUUGAGAAAUCUAUUUGCUCUUAUACUAGCUGUUUGUGGACCAUCGAAUCCAAAACAAUUAUGGGAGUCGUACAAAGAAAGCUUGACUGAAGACAUUCUGAGAAAUGCUCGCAGACAAAAUCCUGGAAUGAAUUUGGAUUAUACACCAGAUAUGUUUAAUCAAGCACUGAUUAUUAUUGAAAAUAAAGUUUUAGAGAUGGGUGGCAAAGAACUUGAGAAAUUAGAGCUUCCAACUCCUCAACGAAAUUCGGGUGAUCGAUUAAACAGUGCAAUGCUCAGAGAAACAAGUUAUGAUGUGAAAGAGUUGGAUGCUUAUAUAACAGCAAAUGAGCCACUGUUAGUGCCGGAUCAGAGAGCUGCAUACAAUGCGAUUUUGAAUCAGAUCGAGAAGAAAGCUGGUGGAAUAAUCUUCCUUGAUGCACCUGGUGGAACAGGAAAGACAUUUGUCAUUAAUUUGUUAUUGGCUAAAAUCCGGCAUCAGUCAAAGAUUGCGAUUGCGGUCGCCUCUUCCGGUAUCGCUGCAACGCUGCUUCAAGGUGGCCGUACUGCGCACUCGACAUUAAAGUUACCUCUUAAGUUUUUGGAAAAUCAAACUCAUGUCUGUAGUAUUACCAAAGGAACUAGCGAAGCAAAGGUUCUGCAAGAAUGUGAACUUAUUUUAUGGGACGAGUGCACAAUGGCUCAUAGGUAUGCAUUAGAAGCUUUGAACCAUUCCCUACAGGAUCUUCGUAACAAUGGAAAGAAUAUGGGUGGAGUAGUUGUACUGAUUGCUGGCGAUUUUAGACAAACAUUACCAGUUAUUCCAAAGGGUACUAUGGCUGAUGAGCUAAAAGCUUGCUUGAAAUCUUCGUAUCUUUGGAGACAUGUUGUACCAUUUAAACUCAGUACUAACAUGAGAGUGCACUUACAAGGUGACGUAUCUGCCGGCCGUUUCGCUGAACAACUUCUCGCAAUUGGAAAUGGCGAAAUACCUGCUGACCCAGUCAGUGGACUCAUCAAUAUUUCAGACAACUUUUGCAAUAUCGUUGAAUCAGUCGAAGAACUCAAGAAUAAAGUGUUUCCAAACAUUCAAACUCACUACAAGGAUCACAAAUGGUUAUGUGAACGUGCUAUUCUGGCUCCGAAAAACGUCAAUGUAAAUGCUAUCAAUCUACAAAUACAGCAACAACUUCCUGGUGAAGCUAUAUCUUACAAAUCAAUUGAUACAAUUAAAGAUAUCGACAUGGUAGUUCAGUAUCCAACUGAGUUUCUCAAUUCACUCGAACCUUCUGGAAUGCCACCACAUAACUUGCGUCUGAAAAUUGGAUCAUCUAUUAUGCUCCUAAGAAAUCUGGAUGCACCAAGAUUAUGUAAUGGUACAAGGCUAUGUGUCAAAACUCUAAUGCCUCAUGUAAUCGAAGCAACGAUCAUGACAGGUUGUGCAAAAGGUGAAGAUGUAUUCAUACCAAAAAUACCUUUGCUCCCUUCUGAUAUACCAUUCGAAUUUACACGACUUCAGUUUCCAGUACGGCUUGCCUUCGCAAUGUCUAUUAAUAAGGCUCAAGGGCAAUCACUUAAAGUUGCUGGUGUCAAUUUAGAAACUUCUUGCUUUUCUCAUGGUCAACUUUAUGUGGCAUGCUCGAGAGUUGGUACACGUCUUUUAUUAAUUCGUGAAAAUUAUGAUAUUAUUUUAUAUGAUGCUCAACAAAAGCGCUCAUUAACAAAAGUUCGACCAAAAUUAGAUGGUAAAGAUUGUUGGGAAAAAUUAACUUUUAUUUAUUUACAAGAUCAGAUUCCAAUGCUAUUAGGAGAUGUUGAAGAAUGCAUUAAACUUCUUAGACAAUGA